CCAGUGGCACCCCCCAGUGGCCAGAAACUGUCAGUACAGAGGAAGGCAUGCAGCAAACGGCCGGUAGGAGAGGUCACCACCGUAUUCACCACAGGAGAGAGGCGGCUGUUCUCUGCCCGUGCCUGAAUAACAGGCUAUUUUCCAUACUUUUUUUAAAAACGCCCUGAACAGGCCACUCGUGCCUUUUGACCUUCUGGUAACAUUACUGAAAAUGCUCCAUGCGUGUUGCACAGUGCUAGAAGAUGGCGGAGUCAGAUGGCGGGGAUUGUGCUUCGAAACAUCCACAGAGCAGUAUGGCUAACAAGAAUAGCACCCUGCGCUGUACAUUCUCUGCAUCAAGCCACAGUGCCACCCUCCUCCAGGGCUUGUCGGUCUUGCGUGCUCGAGGCCAACUACUUGACGUUGUGCUGGCCAUCAAUGAGGAGCGCUUCCAGGUCCACAAAGCUGUGCUGGCCGCCUGUAGUGAUUACUUCAGAGCAAUGUUUACCGGAGGCAUGAGGGAGUCAAAUCAAGAUACCAUUGAACUGAAGGGUCUCUCCGCCCGUGGGCUGAAACAUAUCAUUGACUUUGCCUACAGUGCAGAGGUCACUUUAGACCUGGACUGUAUUCAGGAUGUCCUUGGGGCAGCCGUGUUCCUUCAGAUGGUCCCAGUUGUGGAGCUCUGUGAGGAGUUUCUCAAGUCAGCGAUGAGUGUGGAGACCUGCCUGCACAUUGGCCAGAUGGCCACCACCUUCAGCCUGUCUUCCCUCAAAGAGUCUGUGGAUGCCUUCACCUUCCGCCACUUCCUCCAGAUUGCAGAGGAGGAGGACUUUCUGCACAUUCCCAUGGAGCGCCUCGUCUUCUUCCUGCAGAGCAACAAACUGAAGAACUGUAGCGAGAUCGAUCUCUUCCACGCCGCCAUCAGGUGGCUCCAGUAUGAGGAGUCUCGCCGGGCUCAAGCCAGCAGUGUCCUCUGCCAUGUGCGCUUCCCGCUCAUGCGCUCCACGGAGCUGGUGGACAGCGUUCAGACGGUGGACAUCAUGGUGGAGGACGUGCUGUGCCGCCAGUAUCUCCUAGAAGCCUUCAAUUACCAGAUUCUUCCCUUCCGACAGCAUGAGAUGCAGUCUUCGCGGACACUCAUACGUUCUGAAGUCUUUUCAGUUAUCACCUUUGGCGGCACGCCCUACACUGACAACGACCGCACAGUGAGCACCAAAGUGUACCAUCUCCCUGACAUGGCUUCCCGGCAAUUCAAAGAGUUAACAGAGAUGGACACGGGGUGCAGCCACGCUUGUGUUGCCGUACUUGAUAACUUUGUGUACGUCGUUGGUGGACAGCACUUACAGUACCGCAGUGGCGAGGGGGCGGUAGACAGCUGUUUCCGCUAUGACCCGCAUCUGAGCCAGUGGUUGCGCAUCCAACCAUUGCAGGAGGCUCGUAUCCAGUUUCAGCUCAACGUGCUACAUGGACAGCUGUACGCCACCGGAGGGCGCAAUCGAUCUGGCAGUCUGUCAUCUGUAGAGUGUUACUGCCCAAAGAAGAACGAGUGGACUAAUGUGGAACCAUUAAAACGCAGGAUUUGGGGUCAUGCAGGGACUCCCUGUGGGGAAAAGCUGUAUAUCUCAGGGGGUUAUGGCGUCUCGUUGGAAGACAAGAAAACUCUUCACUGCUACAACCCAGCGUCAGACCAGUGGGACUUCAGAGCUCCAAUGAAUGAACCCAGAGUGUUGCAUGCCAUGAUCAGCACCAGGGAUCGGGUUUAUGCUCUGGGCGGGCGCAUGGAUCAUGUAGACCGUUGUUUUGACGUGCUGGCGGUCGAGUAUUACAUUCCAGAGAACGACCAGUGGACCACCGUCAGCCCCAUGAGAGCAGGGCAGUCUGAGGCCGGCUGCUGUUUACUGGACAGGAAGAUCUACAUCGUGGGGGGCUACAACUGGCACCUGAACAAUGUCACAAGCAUUGUGCAGGUGUACAACACAGAGACAGACGAAUGGGAGAGGGAUUUGCACUUCCCAGAAUCCUUUGCUGGCAUCGCUUGUACACCAAUUAUUAUUCCACAAAACGCCACACAACGCUAACCAUCCGACCUGUGACUGUGAAGAUUUGCCGACCACUGACUCAACAAGGUGUGUGUGUGUGUGUGUGUGUGUGUGUGUGUGUGUGUGUGCGUGUGCGUGUGUGUGCGCACAUUUAUUUGAGAAAAUGACCUGAAAAGCUACUAAGCAGCAUUACUCAGAUUGGUGUAUUAUUUUUCUAUCCUUGUUUUGUUCAAGUGUGUUUAUCAACAGACAAUCCUUCAUUAAUAGAGCAAUUUUGAUUUUAAAUUUAUUUUAUGUGAAAACUGUUCAGGAUCUUAACACAAGACAUUUAUGAUAGUGAUACAAGCACGAGCACAAGCAAGGACAAUUUUGAUGCAUUCAAGGGGAAAUGCUUAUAGCAAGGUUAAGUUCAGAGUAAUUUCCUGUUUUUUUUAUUUAUAAUUAAUUGAUUUGUAAUAUUAUCUGCAAAUCUAACAGCAAAGAUAUAGGUUCUCUUCUGGAAUAGUAUUAUAGUUUUACCAAUCAAGGGCUGAAGUCAGAUAGCACAAAUUGUCUCAUUUUUUUAAUGGAAGUUUUGAGUUAAAUUGUGUGUUUGCAAAAGGUAUUAACAGACUGAACCUUUUUAUAAUGUUAGACAACUUGAUUGUACAGUUGUGAAUGUUUUAUUAGUUGUUUUCUUCUUUUUUGACUGAAGAUCUCACUGCUGUAUGUCUCCUCAAAUGUACUAAUCAAGAAACCACAAUGCACAGUAAUGAUUGCACAAAUGAACAUGAGUAGUGUUUGUGUUUUUACUUGGAAUCACAUAUUCAAUGUGGGAGUUUGUUUUUUUGGGGGGGGGGUUUUCUACUGCCCUUGUGUAUCCUGAGCUGAAACCCCCGCUGACACACUAAUUGUUCUCUCAGUCAACAUAAGAAACCAGUUUGGAACUCUUAAGGCAGCUAUAUAAAUCAUUCAUGUUUUUCAGUUGUAAUGUCAGUAUGUGCUGCUCUUUAUGUUAAACAAGUGCUGCAUCUUGUGUAACACACAUUAUGUCCCUUAACUAACACAAUAAGGGGACAUUGGAUAUUUAACAAUACAGAUUUAACAUCUAAAAUAGUAUCAAAAAAAUCAAAUUUCCCCAGAAAAAGUAUUUAAACGAUCCAUUUGCUGACUUUGAUACCGGCUUUUUUUUUGUUUUUUUGACUGCAUUGCUGCACUUUUCAAAGCAGUAUUAAUCAGACAUCUGAUUCUGCUGCUGAAGAUAUUGAUAUACUUAAUGUGUGUGUACGGAAGAAGCAAGAUUAAUGUUCUUCCUUUUUUAAAUGUGAUCAUCAACACAAUGGUGUCCAUUUAAGAACAUGUUUCUCCUGUUGCCUUAGUGUGUAUUUGUCUUGUGUCCCAGUAAAAGCACAUGAUUUCGUUCACGUUCAAUAUAAAGGAAACUGUCAAAGAGGAAUGUACACAUUUGUGAAGCUUUAUGUGCAUCCUUUAUUAAAGGUGUGUCAUGUAUUAAAAAUACC